AUGCUAACCAAAGGUUUUUGCAUCGCUGUGAUGGAUCAGAUGACGAGUUUGGAAAACAUUGCGCGCGGGUUCAGGUUGGAGGGGUGGACCGAGGGGGAAGAGAAGUGUUCUGAAACAGAGGACGUAGAUAGGGCACCAGUCCUAAAUUCCCUGUGGUUCGGAAUUUCCUAUCAGCUAUCGAAACUCAUGCAAAAGGACUUUACGUCGGAGAAGGUGCGGGAGAAAAUCCAUUGUCUUCAGGGGCAUUACCGCCUUUUCCUUCGCUACACGACCACACCGGGAGUUCGCGUGCAUGAUGACGGCGGUUUGGUUAGCGUGAACAGAGAUUAUUGGAAUGUCAUUGGAGAGGAGACCGAUUUGCAGGUGUGGAACGUACGAGGGGCUGCUGAUGUUGAUCUCGAAUCUAACCCCGGUGCGAAUAACAGCUAUCCAAUUUGUCUAGAUGAUACUAUGUCAGAUGUGUGGUCAGAAGAUGGCAUGGAGGAUGAAGUUGAAGUUGAGCAGGAUGUUGCAGGCCUAUUUCAUGAAAACCCACUGUGGGUGGAUCCGCUGAAUGAUGUGCAGGCCGAUGAGGAUAUAAUGGAUGAUGAGUCAGAUGUCGACUCCUGCGUGGACUCCGUGCAGCUUACAGCAAGUUUUAGGGACGCAAGUUGUCCUUCUACUAAACACAAUUUGAAGCAAUAUGUUCUAAGGCAGAUGUUUACAUGA